AUGAAAGACAUGAAUCUCAAAACCAUCUUCCUCCUCGGGAGCCUUGCUCUGAUAGGCAAAGCCACCCCAACCACCAACCACCCGCCCGUCCCCGAGCUGAGAAGCAACGCCAACUCCGUCCCCAAUGACACAGCAUCCCUCACAGCACGCGGCGAUGUCGGCGUCUGGCUUGACGUCUACCACUCAGGUGACUGCAACAGUGGCUACGAAGCCCAACCAGUCUCGGGUUGGGUGUGGUUAGGCCAAUGCAAAAAGCUUGAGUCAUAUACCUAUGGUGCAAGACUUGGCUACGCCCAGGGUGGGUGGCCCAGGUGUAAGCUCAAGUUCUGGGAAACAGACAACUGUGCUGGUGGGCGGGCAACAGCGAUCCGAAUCCCAACAACCAGUGAUGGGAACUACAACUGCAUGGCAGCGGCAAAUAAGGAUGGUCAGUUCUACUUGACAAAUGGGGCGGCGAGUGUGCAAUUUCUUUGUGAUGAGCCUACAACUGCUGCAGAGCCUUAG